CAAUCCUAUAAAUCCAGAUAUUCGACAGGGGGCCAAACUAGACUCGCGAGGUAGCUGUUUCGUAUCAAUGGCGCACGCGCUCUCUCUCGGUGUCGCUCUCUCCGCACACACUCCCCAACGGUCUUCUCCUUCUCCUUCUUCUUCUUCUUCUUCUCGUUCAUCGAGUAAGCCGUUGAAGCUCGCCAAGAGAAAUCUCCGUUCGAAUGGUCCAGAUACUGCCCGAAGAAGAGGUCCUGUUUCUCCUUCGCACAAUAUCCAGAAGCUGAACUCGGAGGUUUCGCCUCACAGAGCUGUAUCUGCAGUCAGAUUGAUGAGAAUAGAGCUAGGCGGUGCUUUCGCUGACCUCUUGAAUGAGAGAGGGAAAGGUUCCGGCGACAAUGAGAUGGGCUAUGUUGAACGAACUCUUGGCUUUCGGACCCGCGAGUUGGAUGAUCGCGAUUUGAGAUUGGUCACAGAUGUUGUUGGAGGCACCAUCCGUUGGAGAAGGUUCCUUGAUCACUUGAUCGUGUGUUUAUGCCAUGACCAGAGAACAUUUAGAAGCAUGGAAACCCUUCUUCUACAGAUUCUUCGGAUCGGGAUUUAUGAAAUUGUCAAGCUGGAUAUGCCACCUUAUGCUGUUGUAGACGAGAAUGUAAGGCUUGCCAAGGUUGCCCUCAGACCUGGCGCUGGCAACAUGGUGAAUGGUAUUCUCAGGGAGCUAGUCCGGCUAAAGGAAAGUGAUGCUCUUCCACUGCCUAAAUUGGAAGGUGAUGACCGUGCACAAGCACGUGCUCUUGCCACUCUUUAUUCUCACCCUGUGUGGAUGGUAAGGCGGUGGACUAAGUACUUUGGGAGAGAAGAAGCAAUAAAACUGAUGGUUUGGAAUAACAGUGAACCCAGCUAUAGCUUGAGGGCGAAUACCGGAAAGGGCAUAACAAGAGCUGACCUUGUGAAGCAGCUUGACAUGUUGGAGGUUCCAUACGAGCUUUCCUUAAAUCUGGAGGACUUUUUCCGAGUUAAGACAGGAAUGCAGAUCAUCAUACAAGCUGGAUUGCUCAAAGAUGGUACAUGUGCAGUCCAGGAUGAGAGCGCAGGUUUGGUAGUCUCCCUUUUGGAUCCUCAACCUAGCGACUGCAUUAUUGAUUGUUGUGCUGCUCCCGGAGGGAAGACUCUCUUCAUGGCAUCUCGUUUAAGUGGACAAGGGAUGAUCUCUGCUAUUGAUGUAAACGAAGGAAGAUUGAGAAUCCUCCAAGAGACAGCAAAGGUGCACCAGGUUGAUGGAGUCAUAACUGCCGUCCAUGCAGAUCUUCGUAGUUUUUCUGGCAAUAACUCACUGAGGGCCAAUAAAGUCUUGUUGGAUGCUCCAUGUUCUGGACUGGGAGUUUUGUCCAAGAGAGCUGACUUACGGUGGAAUAAGAGUUUAGAAGAUCUGGAAGAGCUCAAGGAACUGCAAAAUGAACUUCUUGAUGCAGCCUCCAGAUUGGUGAAGCCUGGUGGCAUAUUAGUGUACAGUACUUGCUCCAUUGAUCCUGAAGAGAAUGAGGAGAGAGUGACAGCAUUUCUUCUCAGGCAUCCGGAGUUCUGCAUUGAUCCUGCAGAUAAGUACGUCCCUCGUGAAUUUGUAACGGAAAGGGGUUUCUAUCUCUCCAAUCCAGUUAAACAUUCAUUGGAUGGGGCCUUUGCUGCUCGUCUUCUCCGAGCUUUAUAGUUGUGCUGACCACUUCAUAUGGUGUUAUAUUGUUAAUGGCUUUGAGGGUGGAUGCUCAAAUUGGACUUGAAGCUGUAAAUCCAUCUGUCGUUCAAAAUGGUUGGUAUUAGCCUCCUUGAGUGAUUAUGUUUCAGCAAACUGUUUUCCUGCACAUCUGAUUCCAGUUUUAGGGGUGCUCUUGUGCAUGACUCAAGCCUCAUGUUCCGUUGCUGCUUUUUAUUGGUCCUUGGCUCAGUUGAUGUUAUUGAGUUUAAGGCCGACACGAGGUCAUGUGCAACCUGAUCCCACUCAUAUCAUGCUUGAGAAAUGUGCUUAUGUUUACCAUCAUAGGCCAGAAUAUGUAGCUUCUAAUCCAGCUAGCUCGAGCUCCAGCGCAACCCUUCCAUAGUAGAUCAGUGCAACGCGAUAGAGAAUGAAGCAAAGGCACGGAGCAGAUGCAUACCUCCUGUUGCUGUGGAUUAGCUUACUCCCAAUUGUAGAAGUCUCGUGGUUGAGGAUCACAAGCGGCAUUAUGCUCUCUCUGUGUUUGCACCAAAAUUUCCGUAUUUUCAUAAGAAUUCUUUCCCAUUGA